AUGCCUCGAAAGGCCGUAAAGAAGAGGAAGCGCUCAAGCAGCUCAGAGAGCAAAAACAGCUCUAGUUCCGACGAUCAUGGAAAGCGCGGCGGGGCUCUCUCCAAGUUUGAGGAGUUUGACGUCGCGGAGGUGCUGCAGAAAUCAAAGGAAGUAACAGAAACUCCUCCUCCUCCACAACAACAACAACAACAACAAUCAACUGAAGAGCCGCAGACAACAUUAACACUUGAGCCUAGUGAUAUAAAUACAAAUCCUGCCGUUGUGGAUACCACUACCGUAGUGACGGCUACCGCUGCGAGUGUGGAGGCGAUCCUCACACCUGCACCUCCGGUGGAGUUGGAGCCUCCAAUGCCGAUUCCGCAGUUAAUUCCUCCAGAGCCGAUGACGGAACUUUCACCAGACGAAGUGUUUGUGCCGCUGCCAACACUGCAGGUUGUGCCAAUGAUGAACCGUAGCACAGAGGCACAGAGUGGUUUGCUGAAGGAACCAACGCCACCAGCGAAUAUUCAACGUGUAACACAGCCGAAUGUCCCUGCACCUGCUAUGCCUACAGCUUUGAUGGAAUUGCUGAGUGGGUAA